AUGGAGGGUCGAUAUGUACAUGCGUCCGAGUAUUAUCAGACAUACCAGUCGCUGUCGCCGCUUUCGCCUUCUAUUCAGCCCUUAUUUGCCGCAUACUGCCAAAUGCUUAUUAAUCCGGAAAAUGCUGAAACAUUUUCUGCGGGUAAUACGUCAAUGUUCACCACUGUACACUCGAUGGAUCUGAAAUUUAUAUAUAUUGAUCAAAUGUGA